AUGUUCAUCAUCGAGGUAUCAGGACUGUCUCUAGUUGGAGACGACGGCACUUCUUUGAUGCCUAUGGAUUCCUUGGACUCCUUGCUGGAACUCAUGUUGACUCUCUCUACAGUGGUUUUUGCGGUCUUCAAAGUUGUGAUCGCGAUUUCAUCGUCAGAGCUAAGAUCGUCGUCCAAUUGGUCAUCAAUGGUGGUAGUGGUGGUGGUGGUGGCUUUGAUUGGCGACGAGGGAGUUUGUAUUGGCGCAGGGUCGGACUCUGCAUUGUAG